ACCAUACAAAGGCUUUUUCUAAGAAAAGACCACAAAGCUCAAGAUGGGAAGUAACAACCCGAACAGUAUUAUAUAGUAAAGUGCACUGAUCUACAAAUGCUGGUUCACUACUGUCUCCUUGUAGCCAGCUAUAUCUUUGGGCAGGAGUCAUAAUUCCACAGUUUACCUUGAUGAACACACUGAGAUAUUCAAGAUGGGCAGCAACAGUACCAGCACUGCUGAGAGUAAUUGCAAUGUCACUCAUUUGACGUUUCAGGACUCUCUGUAUGCAACCACGUAUAUCUUCAUAUUUAUUCCUGGUCUCCUGGCUAACAGUGCAGCCCUGUGGGUUCUGUGCCGCUUCAUCAGCAAGAAGAAUAAGGCCAUCAUUUUCAUGAUCAACCUCUCAGUGGCGGACCUUGCUCAUGUCCUGUCCUUACCUCUGCGGAUUUACUAUUAUAUCAACCAUCACUGGCCAUUCCAGAGAGCCCUUUGCCUGCUGUGCUUCUAUCUGAAAUAUCUCAACAUGUAUGCCAGCAUUUUUUUCUUGGCAUGCAUUAGCCUUCAGAGAUGCCUCUUUCUCCUCAAGCCAUUUAGAGCUAGAAACUGGAAGCGUAGAUACGAUGUGGGCAUCAGCGCUGCCAUCUGGAUCAUCGUGGGGACUGCCUGUUUGCCACUUCCCAUCUUGAGAAGUGCUGGCUUAGCCAGUAACAGUGAAUCCUGCUUUGCUGAUUUAGGUCUUCAUGACAUUAGUAUGGCUUCCUCCAUUGUCAUGAUAACUGCCGCUGAACUUGGAGGGUUUAUAUUGCCCAUUGCAAUUAUUACUUAUUGCACAUGGAAAACUAGAAAAUCUUUACAGGAAUUCCAAGAUCCACCUCAGAAUAUCAAAGAGAAGAAAAAGGCUUUGAGAAUGGUUCUAAUGUGUGCAGUGUUAUUCAUAGUGUGUUUUACUCCUUACCACCUCAACUUCCCAUUCUUUAUGAUGGUAAAGCAACGUGUCUUCUUGAACUGUUCCUUUAUUAAGAGCACUUUAUGUUUCCACAUCAUUUCCUUGUGUCUUGCAAAUCUUAAUUGCUGUCUUGAUCCAGUUGUGUAUUAUUUUAUGACUUCAGAAUUUCGUGAUCAAUUUUCAGAACAUGGCAGUUUGGUCAUCCAGUCAUGUUUGUGUUGUAAAGACAAUACUUUGGAAAUUCACCAGAGGAAGGAAUAUAUUCAGACUAUCUCUCUGGAGUGUUUGGAUGUUCUAACACAAUGAGAUGAAAUAAUUACCUAGAACAACCUUUA